AUGUGGUUUUUGGAUUCAUUAGGAUUAAAGACAAUUAUUAUAUUUAUACAUAAUUUAAAGAAUAUAGGAGUUAUGACUGAAGGCAAACAAAGUACUAACACUGUAAAAGUGUUAGAUAAUGGCUUUGAUAUAUUUGCUGCAUCAUCAACCAAGGUAAAGGAACUAGAAAAGAUGUUGGAUAUGGGUAAAUUUUUACAUCAAGUUGAAAAACUUCUUCAACAACCAAUAAAAAUCCCUGGUAUAUCUACCACUGGAAGUGGUCCAACUGCAAAUAAAGUUAAACAUUCAAUCUUUUCUGUUAAAGGUGUUUGGAAAAAUGAUGAAGAACAUAAAGCAAAUGUUUCUAAACUUUAUAAUACAUCACAAGCUGGUGAACGUCAAUGGUUAAAAAGGAUACUGAUAGAAGAAUCAGAUUCUGACUCUGAUGGUGAAUGUUGUUUUACAAAAGAAGAUAUUCGUCAUCUUCUUAAAAUCCAUAAGAAACGCAGGCGUAUGCAGAAGGCUUAUCACAAUGAUAUUUUAAAUUCACAGUACACUUAUUAUGCUGCUGGUCUUCUAUGUACUGAGGAUCCAUUUCCUGAACAUCAAAAAACAAUUGUCAAACAGUUUGGUUACCCUGAAUUAGAUGAUGAAUUGUAG